AUGGACGGUUACAUUUUGUUUUUAGUUGUUGCUGGAUUAAGUUUUUGUGGGGCUAAUCCUUGUGGGGACAAUAGUGAAGCAGCAAUACAUUGCAGUGGGAAUGAAGUGUUCUCAUCAUGCACCAACGGAGGUUGUGACGCCCGCAACUGCAGUCAGCUUGGGAAGCCGGUGCCGUGUGUCAAGCUGCGUGCUGACAGCUGCAUCAAAGGAUGCGUGUGUAAACCGGGAUAUCUACGGGCGGCGAGCGGAAAGUGUGUCGAGGAGACAGAAUGUCAUAAAGAACGCUGUACAGGCCCUCACGAGUACCACUCCUGCGGCGGCGCGUGCGACAACGUCUGCGCAACUUUGCACGAACAGAGCCAGAGGAACUGUCCAAUAAGGAACAUUAAAUACGUGGCGCAGCCGGCAAGCAAGAUGGUGAAAUCAUUAGCGUUGUUAGCGUUUGCCGUUAUCAUAUCAGUGGGAAUCUUAGCAGUGCCUGCUCAGAGCACAGAAUGCAACAAACCGAACGAGGAGAAGCGCUGCGUGAUGGUCUGUCCACCGCACAAAAUCUGCCGAAACAUGGACAUACAAGUAUCUUGCCUGUACAACCCCUCAGAAGUUUGCAAGGAUACGUGCGUCUGCAAAGAGGGUUACUUCAGGAAUGCUGGAGGGGAAUGCGUGACGACAGAUGAUUGCACAAAAUGCGGCGGCCAAAACGAGUACUUCUCGUGCCGACUUCAACCAGACCAGACGUGUGCGUCGCUCACCGACAAGUCUGCAGACCAGGACAGUGAGCAGUGUAAGGAGCAGUGCUACUGCAGCCCUGGAACUGCGAGAGAUGAGAACGAUGUGUGCGUGCCCACCGACCAAUGCAACAAACGUAAGAACUCGUCAGCAUGUAAUAUGACACUGCGUCAACUAGAAUUAACUAUUAAUCCAUGUAUUCCAACAGCAUGCGGUGAUGGAGAAACAAAAGACUACUGCCCAGCAAACUGCGCCAGUGACUACUGCCCUAAAAACGCGAAGACCGUGUCUUGCGCUCGCCCGACGGUCUGUCCUCCGCCACAGUGCAAGUGUAGAUUCAACUACCGUCGCACUGUUAAUGGGACAUGUAUACCUACACGCGAUUGCCCCCCAUUUGCGUGCAAGAAGCCCUUCGAAAAAUACAACCCUUGCCCGCCGCUCUGUCCAAACGGGUCCUGCGGCCAGGCCACGCCAACGGGAGCCUGUCCUGCAAUUUUCGGAAGAAUAGGCAUUGUACUGGAAUGCAGCCCGAGCUGUCGGUGCAAGGAGGGCUACUUUUGGAAUGAGGAUAAGGUCUGCGUGCCUUACAAUCAAUGCCGUAAGUUUAAUAGUCGGCUCCGUUCCCAGAGCAGGCUGGAUACGUGGACCAGGAUUACCAGGAUUUUGAUUCCUCAGGGCAAAGCACUAGCACAACAAACAACAACUACAAAUCCAACAACGGCUACAAAUAUGCACAACCAAGUUAUCAAAACGAGGCCCAGCCCCGUGUUAAUACUUGGCCAGCACAAUUGCAGCAACUUCCACAGCCUCCACAACUGCCGCAGCUGCGACAACUGCCACCGACAGGGUCAUUCUACCAGCAAAGUUACCAGCAACCUCAGCAGAGAUAUGCACCAGCUCCAAACAGCUACGGUUCUAGUUCUAGCUCCAGCAACUCUCAAGCUUACGUUAACUCUGGUUCUCAGAAGACGUACCAAGCUCCAACGCAAGCCUAUAUAG